AUGGCUGCCGAGCCAGCGGGCCUCGCCGACUCCCAGACCUUCUCUCCGUCGGACUUCCUCAACGUUCCCCCAACGCCCCGCCUCGACCUCGACUGCCCUGCCCAGCAGCUGCAGGACGACGAUGACAACCUGGUGCUCCCCUUCAUCUCGCGCAUGCUCAUGGAAGAGGAGAUGGACGGCUUGUUCGAGCAGUACCACCCGGACCACCCCGCGCUACUCCAAGCCCAGCAGCCCUUCGCCGAUAUCCUAUCUGACGCUGCCGCGAGCACCACCACCACCUGUUAA